AUGCAAAAUAUUAGAGGUUCUCCAUAACAAUCACAGUAACAAGAGUUAAGUAUAAAUAAUAAAGGUAAAAAGGAAUUGAUAGAUGGAACUUAAUUGUCUCUUCUCUUAUAAUUGGAAGCUAUUUUUCAUGAAAGAACUUAUUGUUUAGAACAUGUAACAAAAAUUUUGGAAAUCUAUUGUUAUCUUGUUGAAUAAUUUGACUCAAAUUAAUAAAGCUUAAAAGAUUACUUUUUAGAAAAAAUCCAAUUUCUUUUAAGCAGACCUGAAACUAUCAAAUUGAUGAUGGAAGAUAAUUAAGGUUCAGCUGAUAUUUAAAAUAGAUUUACAUAUAUGACAACAGAGAAAGGUUUGGAGUAGUUGAAAUUAGAAGAAGAAACUAGAUUUAAUCGCCCUUUUCUCUAAUAAAACUUAGAUUAAAACAAUCAAAUGAGGUUUAGUGUUUUUAAAAAGCAUUAAGCUAAAGAGACGGAAAUAUUUAUGGAGAUAUAAGAUAGAAAUUAAGAUUAAAAAAUUGAUCUCCAAACUAUGUUAUAAGAGUAUGAUAAGAUUUCAAAGGAAUAUGAUGAAACUAUUAAAAAAUAACUAAAUGAUUAAAAUAUAGCUUUAAAUCUUAGAAUGGCUAAUAGAAAAAAUAAAACAUCCAGAAAUAGAAAAUCUAAUUCAUAAGAAAAUUAAAGGUAAACUAUCGUAAAUCCUAUAAAAACAACUUUAUCAAAAUGGAAGCUUAUUUCUGAGAUUCAAGAAUCUGCAAAUUUUUUGAGAAAAUCCAUAAUUAAAUUAAAAAAAUGA